GACGGCUGCUUAGUGAGUGGAUGCAUGGCAUGGCAUGGCAUGGCAUGGCGGGUGAGUGUGAGUGCGAGUCUGAGAGCAGCUUGUAGAUUUGCAUGUAUGUAUGUGUGACUAAGUGACAUACAGUACGUACACGUGUGUGUAUAUAUGCACCGGGGCUGGCUUGAUUCAUGACGUGUGUGCGCUGCCGAAUGAAUGCCUGCAUCUCUAACCCAAUUUUACGAUCCAUCUCUUCCAUGCGUCGUGUAGAGCCCAAGAAGCGGGGCGGGUACGCUUCUGCCAAGAGCAGCUGCCGUCCGAGUGCAUCCGCCAGCCUCAAGGGCAGGUCUGCCCCACAGCAGCACGAGUCUGCCGGAUCUGCCGUGCUGAGGACCGUAGGCGGGAUAAGGGAGGGCUGCGGUUAUCUCCUGGGUACCUGGAGGCGGACGCACUUCUCGCCUGAUAUCUUCCCGCAAGGUAGGAGCAUGGCGGCUGGCUUGUCCAUCCCAGCUGGCUAUCUCUUUGUUAAUUCCCGUCUGCAGCGUUGAAUGGUGCCGGGUCGGUGGCUCAUCUGGACGAGUAAGAUGCAGAACACAACCACAACUUGCGGCGGCCCUGCGCAAGGCAGCCAGCCACAUGUCAUGUGCUGUUUGCACUGAACAACCUUUGCAGUCUUGACGCCGAGUAUGGCAACGUGUGGCGGUUUGUAUUUCUGAAUGAUGAGGGGCAUUUCAUCCUCGAGUGCACCAACCCAGGGCCAGGGACAGCCAAGGAUAGCGGGGAUCAUGGGUCAUCGGCCUUCCUCACGCCCGACCUCUCCCUCGACCCUCACAGAGGUAUUAUAUAUGGAGGCAAUCUCGGAGGGAGACGCUCACUCACCGCAUCAGUGUGUGUUUGUGCGUAUUUCAGGCCGUGCUGCGGUGCUGGAGCUCAUUCCCUAUCCGCCGUGCGUAUGUCACACACGCACUCACUCACUCACUGCAUGGUCGUGUUGCUGUGCUGUGCUGUGCGGUGGAUGGUGGAUGUACGUAUUCAUUGCAUGUAAUGAAUGCGAUGCGCCUGCAGGUUUCGGGAGGGGCCCACGGAUGUGGGUCUGAUGAUCAAGGCGGAGGCGUCGGAUUUGGUGCUGUGCAGUGCGGAGAGUACCAAGUCGGUGCACCUCCUCACCCAGCACGAGGCAAACACCACAAAGACCGGCGAGGCAGGUCAGUCAGUCAGUCAGUCAGUAAGUCAGCAAACACAAUUAACACGCAGAUGCAGACAGACACAGAUAUAUCUUAUACACACACAAUCGGGGAGACAGAGAGACGGCACUGUCUGUGUGUGUGUGUGUGUGAGUGGUGUUGUCAGGGUGUUGUGGUUGGGUGUACAACAUAGCGUGGGAGGCGACCCCUGAUGAGGACAUCGCCCUCGAGCUCGGCGAGUACGCACACUGAACGAACGAAUGGGUGGGUGGGUGCUUUGAAUGCACGUAGAGG